UUGUGAAGCAGCUUCCUGUUGCCUUGGUUACUGACAUUAGCGAGACUAGUUUUAAAAGGAGUUCAGUAGAGCUAGUAAGACGAAGAGGUGCAACUCCGUUUUCUUCAACCGUCAUUACAGAGAAAAACAGAAGAGAUGUCCGCCCAAGUCAGACUGAGGCUGCUGCCGAGAGCCAGGUGCAUGUUUGAUGAGCCCGUUCAGGUGAAGGUGGACGGACUGAGGUCGGGACAUGUGGUCACCAUAAGAGCCAGAUCGACUGACGAGAAGGGGGUGGUGUUCAGCUCCUCGGCCUCCUACAAAGCUGAUGAGAGCGGAGAGAUCGACCUGGAGAGAGACCCCUCCCUCAGCGGGUCUUACGUCGGGGUUGAACCCAUGGGUCUGCUGUGGUCGAUGAGGGCAGACACUUUGCACAAAAGGUUUAGAAAAAACAAUUUAAUAAACCCACACGUGGUGAAGUUCUCUGUGCACGACGACGAGGAGGAGGGGAAGGGCAGGAUGCUGGCAGAGGUAACCAAUGAGAGGCUUCUGCUUGGAGAGGGGGUCAACCGGCGCCCUGUGAAGGAAGGGAAUAUAAGAGGUGUCCUGUUCACUCCUCCAGGUGAAGGUCCGUUCCCUGCUGUGUUGGAUCUGCACACUUUUGGGGGAGGAUUGUCAGAGAAAAGGGCCUCUCUGCUGGCCAGCCAUGGAUUUGUGGUUCUGACCGUAGCACUGUACGGCCAUGAUGACAUGGUGAAGAACAUCAAAGAGGUCCAUCUGGAUUAUUUCGAAGAAGCAAUAGAGUUUUUAAAGAAACAAGAUAAGGUGGGCAGUAAAGUCGGUGUGAUAUCCAUUUCAAAAAGUGCAGAUAUUGCACUAUCAAUGGCCUCGUACCUGCCAGAUGUUGAGGUCACAGUGUGGAUUAAUGGCUGCUCUGCCAAUACAUGGUUGCCCCUCUACUAUAAGAAGAGCCUGAUCCUCCCUCCAUUAAUGAUCGACAUCAGCAAGGUGAUUCUCACAGAGUCAGGGGCCGUUAAUGGCAAGUAUGCUAUGCAUAAUCCGCUGGCAGAGGAGAACAAGGCCACCCUGGUCCCCAUUGAACAAGCCAAAGGACGUUUCCUGUUCAUGGCUUCAGAGGACGACCUCAACUGGGACAGCAAAGCUUACAUGGAGCAGAUGGUGGAGAGACUGCAGCGUCAUGGGAAGGACAACUUUGAGAGUGUGUGUUACCCCGGAGCGGGACAUUAUCUAGAGCCGCCUUAUGGACCCUACUGCCACUCCAGUUUUCAUGCGGUAGCGGGCAAACCAGUCCUGUGGGGGGGUGAGCCCAGGUCCCACGCAGAAGCUGAAGUCCACAUGUGGAAGAAAAUCCAGGAGUUCCUCAGAACUCACCUGAGCUGUGAUGAUACACCGACUAAAGCCAAAUUAUAGAUACAAAUGAAUAUCAUGAAGACAUAAUAAAGCAGGGGUAGCCAACCCGCGGCUCUCGAGCCGCAUGCGGCUCUUCAGUUCA